AUGCCCCAACGAGACUCUAUAAGUACACCAUGGGUUCUGGACUACGAGGACGUUCUCAGAGUACGAGCACUCCUGAAUGCACUCGGUCUACCUACGGAACUGGCACUCAAGAUCCUCGAGGAUGCGGAGUACUGGCCGACACGCAGAUUCUCUGCUGAGCAGGGAAGAACGGUCAGAGUAGCUGCAACCAUGUUCCGGUCCAGCGCAGCAGCUCUCUGCUUUGACGCCGACGUGUUCAGUGACCCAAGAGUCGACAAGCUUCGCAAGGACGGCGAGAAGAUCAGGAUCAAAGCAAUCAAGUUCCACGUCCGGAGUCGCGAUCAAGGCUGGACCUCAGAGCCGACUCGAGGCACGUUCAGCACGUCUUCCUGGCUCGAGGCCUCUAUCUUGCGUGGCCUGGACGACUACAGGACUCGACUCCCUCCUUCGUGCUGGUCUGAUAGCGUUUUCGAAACACCGCGGUCCUUCCAAGAACACAUCACCCCGCGUGGCUGGCAGCUAUCCCGGCGCCCUGAAUUCGCCGAGCAAGGACCUCAGGGCGGAGAGGGCGAUCUAGCUUGGUACUUGCAGGGCAAUCGCGUUGCUACACAGGGCCAUGCAGAAGAUUAUUACGUAAUCUGGACGCAGGAUGCCCACGAGGGCAACGAAGGCUCUGGCACCGGCGACGGCUUCUUGCAGGAGUUGAAGGAUGGAGAUCGGCUGCUCGUUUGGGCCAGGGCAAAGUGGCCGGGCUGGCAAUGCAUUGUCGAGCAUGUUGGUGUGACCGUCUACUACGGCUACUCUUGA